AUGGGAGCUUCAAGCACCGUGCCCCACCAUCAACCGACCUACGGCAGCAAUGAGCCGUCCACUUCUUACACGAGGCCCCCUCCGGGCUACACUGGGGAUCAGUCGCCGCUGAUGGGGACCCCCCGCAGCAGUGAAGAUAACGUUCCUCCCCCUCCACUCUAUUGCCUACGAGCUCCUACUAACUGCCGUUGACAAAAUGCCAGAUCCCCGACGACUUCAAGUACUCGACCUCCGUAGCCGAGGCCACAAUCGACAUCCGCCACGCCUUCGUGCGGAAGGUCUAUGCAAUCCUCACGGCUCAACUUGUCACUACGGCAAUCAUUAGUUCAAUUUCCUUCUUCAACGUGUCGUUCAAGACAUGGAUUCAGACAAACACCUGGAUGAUAUUCGUCGCGCUCUUCGGCUCUCUGGGAUUCCUCGGCUUGACGUUCUGGAAGCGUCACUCCUACCCUAUGAACCUGGUCUUUCUCUCUGGGUUCACUUUAAUCGAGGCCUAUACUGUUGCCACCGUGACGUCUUUCUACGACUCCAGGAUCGUGCUUGAGGCUGUCGUCAUAACUGGCCUGCUCUUUGCUGGGUUGACCUUGUUUGCCAUGCAGACUAAAUACGACUUUUCAAGUUGGUAUAGCUAUCUCUACGGUGGGCUCUGGCUCCUCCUCAUAUUCGGCUUCGUCUCCAUGUUCUUCCCGCAUAAUGGUUGGGUUGAACUUGCGUACUCGGGCGUGGCGGCUCUAUUGUUCUCCGCAUAUAUCUUGUUCGAUACGCAGAUGAUUAUGAGGAGGGUGCAUGUUGAGGAGGAGAUUGCUGCGGCGAUUUCCCUCUAUUUGGAUAUUAUUAACUUGUUCCUUGCGUGCGUUCACCCUCUUGAUUUUGCGAUUCCUUGAGUUCGUUCUUGGCCUGUGCUAAUAUGAAUGGGGUUGUAGUAUCUUGAGGAUUCUCAAUAGUUCUAACGAUAACUGAAAUAGAUCCUCUGUUGGGGGAACGAGUUAGGCGAUGGAAGAAAAGUGCUAGGGGAAUAGGAGAAAUGAUCAGGGAACGAGGACAAGGAGGAGGGAAGACUCAUAGCCAACUGGGAUGGAGCUUUCUGGGAAGGCUAUGGACUGUGGAUGAUGGGGGUCGCUACUUUGGAGAUCAACUUGUUUCUUUUCACUUCUUUUCGCUGCUUUUCUUUCGUUUUAGUUGCUCUGCUUCAAUCGAACCGGAACUUAUGAUGGUGGUUCCUUUUUUCUCCCUUUUCCAUCACAAACCCGCGCCUCAAGUUAGCCUAUUAUUUGGAAAUUUUCACGA